AUGGGAUUUCGAAUAAAAACCGCACUUAAUGAUCCAAAAACUUCCAUCGAGCCAUUGUCUCAACAUAAGAAACCGUGCGAAGAGAAAUCAAAUACGCAGACCGUGCCUAUUCCUGGCAUUCCUGAAAGUCUUAUUUAUCAUCAAAUUUAUGGUAUUUCAUUUCCAUCGAAACGGGAAGAUAUUUUACCAAAUGUUUUAUUGACAAUUGCCGAACAGGUUGCUCCGAAUACAACGGAAGAUAUACUUAUUCCUUUACCUAUCUUUUCACAACGAUCGAUCGAUUAUCUGCCAACAAUUAACAUCAAAUUAUCAGUCGAACCAUUGGGAUUCGAUUGUAAUCAAUUUCUAGCUUGUCUUGCACAGGACAUUGGUAUAGAUCGGAAGGAUUUAGUUUUAAUUGAAGCUCGGCAAGGUACUAUCAGUCUGAAUGCAAGAUUGUCCGUAAUGAUAGCUAUUGAUAAAGUAAAACGGGAAAAUAUUAAAGACAGAUUAUUGUCUAUGAGUUUACCACUUAGUAAAAAUUUUGUUACUAUCGCUAUUGAAGCGAACGAAAAUCGGUCAAAGGGAAGUAGUUCAGAAAGAGAUCCUAUUCGUGUGGCAUUGGAAAACUUCGACAACACUGAGAUCGAUCGAGUUCGACUCACGCCAGAAACUAUCGAUGCCAAUCUUCGCAUGAGUCAAUUCAUGACUAUUCUCGAUCAAGCUCAAUACGAAUUUCUUAAAAAGAAGAGUCAACAAAUUGCUCAAUGUCUAAUGCAUGCAUUUCGGGAAUGUUCAUUCGAUUAUAAACUUGAAUAUGCAUUACUUGUUGCCAAUCAAAACCUUGUGAAUCAAUACAAAGAAAAAUAUAACCGUAAGCAAGAUAAUGAAAAGAUUCUAUUUCAUGGUACAAGUAUCGAAAACCUUCAUGGAAUAUUUCAAGAGAACUUUCAGUAUCAUAGUAAAGCGAAACGAACUGACGACGGUUGGUAUGGACAAGGUAUAUACUUUACUAGUUCACCGAGAAAAGCUUUGAAUUAUGCAAAAUCUUGGAACUUUGAUGUAUUUGCCUACAUUAUCUGCAGUCUGGUUGCUGUUGGUAAAUCAUUGACGAUUACCAACAUGGGUUAUAGAGGCAAAGCAAUGCAUCCCAACUAUGAUAGCCAUUAUGUACGCACAAGUCCCAAUGGUGGCGAACCCAUAUCCAACGAAGGAGAACCGUUCUAUGAAGAAUUUGUUAUUAAAGAUAAUCGUCGAAUAUUACCAUUGUUUAUAGUUGGCAUAGGACGUGCCUAUCAUUGUGCAAUUUGGCGCGAUGCGAAGAUUGCCAAUGAAGUAAAUUCAAGUAUCUUAGAAGAUAUGCGACGUCGUUUAGCUUUCAAUAUUUAUGAAUCGAAAACAAGCGAGGAUACUUUAAAUAUUUUAAAAUCGAAAUUUUUCGAUGACAAAAUGAAUUGUGCUUUGAUCACCAACGGUGCACAUGGCGGACGAGAGCUAGUUAUCGAAUGCCGAAAACUUCGUUUGACUAUUCCUAUCAUUGUUUACUGUAAGAAAAAAUCUUUUCAUCAACAAUGGGCAACAGAAUUAGGUGGGCGUGAAAUCAAAGUUACCGGCAAUGCAGAAGAAAUUUUACAGUUUGUUAUGAACGCACUUAAAUGA